AUGGCGAUCCAAUUCAACGAUUUGGCGGAGGUGAUCCACGAAGCCGUCAAGGCUGCUCUACUUCAGACAGCGGACUCUCAGAAGGCCCUAAUCAAAGAUCUGAUAAGUUCCCAGUCGACAGAUGCGCAGAAGAUCACAGACUCCUUGAAUAAUCGCAUCCCCAAAUUCAACUAUGACCCGGAAGCCGAUCUAACAUUCGAAAAAUGGGUCAAACGCUACAAGCCGGUUAUAGACACGGACGGAGCGACUCUCGCAGAGACAAUGAAGAAGAACUUCAUAGUCUCUAAGUUGAACGUCAAGGAAUACGAUCGAUUCAUCGCCUAUCUCCUCCCAAAUAGAAUAGAAGACGAGUCUCUUGAUAAUAUCAUCGAGACUCUGAAGACUCUCUUCAGCCAACCGGCAUCGCUAUUCAGGCGUCGUUCCAAGUUCCUCCAAACAAAAGGGCGCGCGAAGAUCUCGAACUCCGUACUCGAGCUCUACGCAAACCAGACGAGGAAUGAGGAAUCCACCACAUUGGAGAGCCUAGCUACGGAGCUCAUCAAUUACACUCAGCUCAAGCGCGACGCGACGAGCAGCUCCGAUCAGAUUCCAACGAAGAGCCGCGUCCACAAGAGCUCAAUGAAAUUGGAUCGCCAGCGCGGUCUCAAAGCGUCCGUAUGCAGAGCUCCGAAACAGAGAGCGGACAUUCGUCACCUCAAAAUUUCACUACUCGAGAACAGCAGAAUCUUGGAAUCGGUGAGAAUAAACGGAUCGGAUGUCACCCUCGUUCUCGACACCGGAGCGGACGUGACGCUGCUAGCAGAGGAGACUUGGAGACAGCUAGGCGCCCCUCAACUGCGGAAGUCAGACGUGGAUCUGACUCAAGCGGAUGGCUCUUCUCUACACAUACUGGGAAGUUUUGAUUGCAUCGUGGAGCUGAAUGGCACCGAGUUCGAGGGAAAAUGUUAUGUUUCAAAAUAA